UUUCGUUAGCCCGCCGCCCGCCAUUUUGUUGCGUGAGCUGUUGAGGUUUUGUGGCGUCGUAGUUUAUCUUGUAGGACAACAGUAAUUUGUCGUUGUGCGCUUUUCAUAUCAUAAUAUCAGAUCACAAUGGUGCCGCAAACCAAAGUGUUCGUCGGCAGCCUGCCUCAGGGUUCGAAGCCCGAGGAUCUCCGCAAACUGUUUGAACGCUUCGGAGUCGUCACCGAAUGCGACAUAAUGAACCGCUGCGGGUUCGUGCACAUGCAAUCCGAAGAUCAGGCGUCGGCCGCCAUCCGCGGUUUGAAUAACACCACGUUCAACGGCGGCGUCAUUACGGUCGAGCGCGGUCGCAUCAAGGAGCGAGGCCAGCGGGGAGGCCGCGGAGGCGGAGGCCGUGGCGGCAUGCGAGGCGGCGGCGGCGACAGGCGCGGCGGCGGCGGCGGACCGAUGCGAGGCCCCGGCGGCGGCCGCGACGCACCCUACUCGCGCCCUCCGAUGCGCUCCGGCCCGCCUUCCCACGGCCCGCCGAUGCGCAACGGAAUGGGCGGCGGAUACGACCGGGGAGCAGAUCGCGGCGGCUACGACGACCGCUACAACGGCUACAGCGGCGAAGACCGGCGAGGGUUCGCGUUGAGGGAUCCGUACGCGGCGCCGGCCCCGAUGUACGGGGACGAUAGACGCGGAUACGGCGCGCCCGCCGCCGAAGAGAUGGCGCCCAUGUACGCGGACGACAGGCGCGCGCCCAUGUACCCCGACGAGCGCGACAUGAUGGACAGGCGCGCGCCCAUGCGCGGCGGACACAUGCCCAUGGCAGGCGGCUAUGACCGCAGCGCCCCUCCCCGCGCUGCGCCCAUGGGCAACGGAGACAUGUUCAGCAGGAGAUCACCCAUGCGUGGAGGGCCCGCUGGUCCCGCUGGCUAUGAUAGAGACCCGUAUGCACAGCAGUACCCACCUAUGGGACGCGGCGGCGGCGGCGCGGCUCGCGGCGGUAGAGACCUCGGCGGCGGCAUGGGCCCGCGCCGCUACUAGACUCCGACAUCGUCUAAUACACGUACACGUACUAUACGAAUCAUGUGAAACGAACAAAAACUCUACCCUUAAGUGUGUUUGUUGUCUUCCCGAGGACUGUGUGAUCCGCCACUCGGAGCGUUACGUUUGCGCGCGCGCGUAUACUGUAAUAUAGGUCGAGAUUAUAUGGUAAGGUUGCUGUAGAAAUAAGUAUCCGUUCAGUGAAAUUAUGUGAAUCACUUUAAAAUUUAAUAAAUGAGGAUAAUUUUAUUCGUACGUUUUCAUUUUCUCCCGUCGGUGAAUGAGAUAAAGAUAGAGCGAUGAGGACGAUGAUGAAAUUGAUCUUGAAUAGUUUGUAUUUGUUAUUUUGAAUUUUCUUUAUUAAAAAACUGAGAAAUCUUAUUUUUAAGUUGUAUAUUUUUCUUUUUAGAUUAAAUUCUUUUAUAAGU